AGCGAUCUAACCACCCGAACGUCUGUGACUGAAUAACACGGUCCACUCUUCGCGCUACUGCUCCAUCGGUUUCCGAGUUCUUGGGGACUGAGAUUCCGUAACUUUGAGGAUUGAAAGAAUUUUUGGUCAGAAUCAAGGAUCAUUCCAUAUUGGAAUGGAUUCUUUGAAUUAUGGAAAGACAAUCCUACGUGAGAUGAUGUCACGCGUAUUGCCCCGAUAUUUUGGGGGUCCAUUACAAAACAUGUCGAUCUCGGAUUUUAGAAAAAAGAAACUUUUAUACGUAUUCCACGUCUUUUUUGAUGUUAACCAAAGUGGAACUAUCGACAGAAAGGAUUUCGAACUUGCGAUAGAGAAAAUUUGCACUCUGAGGGGCUGGUCUUCGGGCACGGAGAACUACAGGAAAACUUACGACAGCAUGAUCCAAAUUUGGGACGGGCUGAGAAAUAGAGCUGAUUCUAACAAGGAUGGACAAGUCAGCGUCGAAGAAUGGGCAUCGAUGUGGGACGAGUACGCGAAGAAUCCGGACAACGCUCUGGAAUGGCAAACGCAAUACUUGCGGUUUAUGUUUGACUUGGAGGAUGCCAGCGGUGAUGGGAGUAUUGAUGUGGACGAAUUCACUAGCGUCUGCUCGUGUUACGGCCUCGAACCGUCCGAGUGCAGGGAGGCGUUCGAAAAAAUGUCUAUGGGUAAGAAGCAGGUGAACUACGACCAGUUUGUGGCACUUUGGAGGCAAUUUUUCAUAUCAGAGAAUCCAUGUGACCCUGGUAACUUUAUUUUCGGCAAGACCAAGUUUUAAACAACUAAUACGUUGAUUAAGAUAUCAUUUACCCAUUCCUUUGAAUUUAGAUUUCAGUACUACAGCCAUAUCUCCUUCACCAAUUUAUAUUAUGUCAAUAAUUGUGUACUCACCGUUGGAAACUAUUGGUAUAUGUUGGUGACGAAAAUUUAUCGAUAGUGUGAGAAAUAAUGCUAGUCAGAAUUUAUACUUAUUAUGCAACUUAUAUGAUAUGAUAUCGGUAUUUUUUUGUCACUAGUAUUUGUAUUGUAUGUAUGUAUGUUAAAAUAAUUAUUUAAAAAAUAUAUAUGAUGUUGUACUAAAUAAAUACACUUUUAUAAACUAUUAUUGAAAUACAAGUUUAUAAUGAAUUUAGAGAAUUUGUGAACUUGUUCAAUGCUUUCUAUUACCUAUAUUCAUAAAAUACUUGAAAUAUCAAAUGGAAUUUGUAGGACAAUAAAUCAAAAUUAUAAUUUUGUUAGCCAGAAAGUGAUCCAAGAAAGUUUCGGCUCUUUGAAAAUCUUCAGUGUAACCUGCCGUCAUUUUUUUCAUGAGCCAAUUUCUAAGAGUUUUUAAAUAUUAUUUUCACAAAUUAAGUGUUGUUCCAUCCUUAAUACAAAGUUUAUUUUUGAGAUUAAAUGUUAAGGUUUUCAAAUACUUUCGUGGAUCUCAUUUUUGGACCUAUCUUCCUAAUUAAAAUAUUUCAAUGAUUAAUGCGAAAAAAAUACAAGUAUAUUUUUUUAAAAAAAGAUGUCCAAGGGUGCAAUUAUUAUAAUAAUUGUACAGUAUUAGUAAACUAAAAUACAUUUGAUAUUUUUGGUAUUGAUAAUGCUACUAUCUAUGUAAUUUUAGUUUUAUCAUACAGAAAGACAUUACAAUAUGUAACAAAAAAUAUUUUUAAUCUAUAAAUCUAUCUCUCUUACUAUAGAAGAAGUACCUACUUUUAGAAAAUUCUUAAAUUGGUACCUGGUGGAAAUUGUGAAAAAAAAAACAAUAUAUCUGUAUGUGCAACCCGAAUGUAACAAUAAAAUAUAUAUAACGA